UGGUUGCCGUGGUAACCACGGCAGCUGGGGCGCGAGCAGUAAGAUCAGUGAAUCAGUCUGACUGUCUAGUCUCUCGGAAGUGGUCGAGGCCGGAAGGUAUGUCUUUCCACAUACUUGCUUCCAGGUCAUGGAAUCAUCACCAAAAAGUUUGCUUACCCAAGUGACUCAACUCUGGAAUCUCCUCGAUGACCUGGCUGAAAGUGACCCCAAACGUUAUGAGAAGUUCAUUCAGCAGCAGCUGGAAGAAGGGGAGAAAUACUGUGCUGUCCCAGAGCCACAAAUCUGUGUUCAGACUAAGAUCUUGAAACCAGAAGAAAAAGUACUAUUCAUCAAUUUAUGUCAGUGGACAAGAAUCCCAGCACCCCAAUCAAAGGCAGAACCUGUAUCUUUGAGUGUUGGCCAUCCAGAAGAUGUUUCUGAGACAUCAGAAUCAUACACAGUCAUUGAUGUUGCCUACAACCCUGAUGUUCUCAAGACAGCAAAAAAGGAUGAAAUGGAAAUGGAUCAACUGAUUCACCUGACAAUGAAAUGCAUUGAGGAUAGACACCAAUUUACUCUUAACCAUUCCUACCAUAUUACAAAAAGCAAGAAUAAAGGAAGCCUCCAAAGGAUGAAAAAGAAUUUGAUGGGGAUCCAAAAUGACCCAACAAAUUUAAGUGAGAAAAUGAAGAAAGAAUUAAAGCUUGAGCAGUUGAGAAAUUGUAGUGUGAAUAACCAAGAUGACAUUCCACAACUCUUACUACCAAAGGACCAUAUUCCAAGCAAACAAGGUUGUCUAAUUGAGGAAAUUUCCAGUAGUGAGCUCCAAGUUGAGCUGAAAACUCCAAAUUAUAAGCUGACAGUUGUGAAGGAUCAGAAUGGGAAAUCACUGAAAAUUGAGAUGAAAGUUGAACUUCCUGGUCUUAGUUCUGUCUGUGACUGUGACCUCAGUGUUUCAAAGGAUGAUUUAGUGAUUGAAGUCUCUGAAAAGUACCGAUUACAGAUAGAUCUUCCAGAACCAGUUGACACUGAGACGACUAUAGCAAAAUUUAUCACAGAGAAAGCUACAUUAAUCAUCACCAUGCCAGUACUGCAGUAAAAGUGCAACAUGGAUGUUAGGCUUUCAUUAUUCUAUACUGAGCUCCUAUGAAGGCAUCAUAGGUAAGAAGGUAUUAAUGUCAAAUAUCAAUUUCAGAUUUCUGAAGUUUUUAUAGAAUUUGCAUCUCAUCACAUCUUUAAAAAAUUCCUCUAUCCCUUUUACCACAAAUGGCCUUGCCCUUAUCUUAGAUAACUAAAACCUUUGAAGCUACAGCAUCUUUCCUUUGAUAUUGAUAACAAUUACAAGUUAACAAAUAGUUAAGAUAUAAUGAAUUUUUUAAAGUCACUUUUUUAUCACUUUAGUGGAAGAUUUACUCUUUUAAGGUAUCAGUUAAACAUACUGUAUAAAGAAAAUUAUACUUGUACCUGAAGCCAAUUCAGUUGUGUUUCCAAGUCCUGCCCUAAUCUUUCAGCAAGAAGGGACCCUGGUCAGUGGGAGUGUGAUCACAUGAUAUGGUAGUUAUUUUGGUUAAAUUCUUUUAAAUCUCAGCCCAUCUUUUUCUUCUCCUCUACCCCUAGUGUACUAUCUUUUAAACACCAUGUUUAAUGAAUUCAACAUUAAUCAUUUUUUAUGGGUAGAACACUGUGCUAAGAUUAACAGUCGUAAUUUUGUCAAGUAGCAGGAAUAGAAUAUACAUAAAUGAUCUUUUCUUUGAACACUCAGCUCAAGCACCAUCUUCUACUUGAAGUUUUGCUGAUCCCUACAGCUGAGUACUCUUCCUCCAAAAAGGACCUUGUAUUGAUUUUUGUAUUUGUUCCCAAGUACUCUUUCUACGUUGAUAGUUUCCCUUCACAAAAUGUAAUCUCCACUAGGGUAGGGAUGAUUUCAUCUUUGCUUCUGUAUCUAUAGCACCUUGAAUAAUGACUUAGAACUAGAAUAUAAAAUUGUAAAUUUCUACAUCUAUGAUUCUUUGAUGUACCAAGUGUCAAAAGAAACAUCAACUCAAAGUGGAAGGGGGAAAAACCCGUUUCAGAAAAACUACAAUGAAGAGUUUGACUAAAACCAGCACUUCUGGAUCAAGACUACUAAGUAACUUAGCUAAAGGAAAAACAUUUACUGAAUUUAGAAAAAAAAUGUUCAGAUAUUUAACACUUAUAAAACACCAACUGGGAUAGUAAUAGGUCACUAUUAUUUUUAGUUCUCUUCAAGGACCUUAUAAUGGUUCUUGUGCUAAUAAUUAGAUUAUCAUUAUGAAAGAAAUAAUCUUAAGUAGCAUUUAAAAGCAAAUCAAUGAAUUUCAACUGUGCUAGCCUUAUUUUAUUCUCAUCUAGGGCUCAUAGAAUUGAAAAUGAGAAUUCUUGGUGAUUAAAUGUAUAUUUCAUCUUGAAUCAAUAAGCUAAUAGAAUAAGCUUACUUUGAAAUGUCAUUUAUACAUUCUGCUCAAAUUUAAAAUACAUAAUGCCCUUCUUUCUUCAUUCUUCUCCAAAGUGCUCUAAACUCGUCUUUUUGAAACUUUGCCUAAUUACACACAAUUAGCUUACACCCUUAUUCUACAUUUUUACAGUACUUGUAAGUACAAUUUGUUAUUAAUCUGUGUCUAUUAGUAUAUUACUAUGUAUGUAUUGGGUCUUUUUGACAUAUUCAUUAUAUUUUCCUAAAUAAAAUAAUGCCUUGCAUUAGUACUCAAAAAUAAAUCUGCAAUUGAUGAUAUGGAUGUUUCCAACAGUGCCCAUCCUGCGUAAUAUUUAUCAAUACUCUAUCAUAUAAAUUUAUCACAUGGUAGGGGUUCUUUGCUUUGUCUAGUAAAGCUUACAAAAUGUUUUUUUUUUAAUUUGUAAUUGUAAUUUUUAAAUUUGUAAUGGAAAGGAAUUAUACAUUUCAGUUAAAAGUCAGUGAAAAUAAAGAUAUAAUUGUUCCUAAAACUCUAGAUUUAAGAACCCCUGCCAUGGAGGCUGCACAUCCCACUGCGGGUUGAGGUGGAAAGGGAAAGGGGUCUUUUCUGCUUUUUCUGGAUAUACAUGGAUAUCAGUUUAGUACUCAAGGUUGUUUCUCAGUUAUCCUCACCUCUUGCCACAUUCACCAGGUAAUCACGUUUUGUUUCAGCCUAAUAUUCCUCUCCUUUGCUAUCAACAUUUAUAUUUAAUUCUUUGGAUCAUAUGGUAUUCCAUGACUAAAAAAUACACAAUAAAAACAGUAAGUAUUAAAAAAGAUAGUCUAGUUUCAGUGACUUUAGGUAUUAAGGGAAUUUCCCUUUGGCAAUCCAAUUCACUGCUUUAAUAUAAAUUCAUCCACUUAUACAUUUUUAACCUGAAAUUAAUAACCAGAGGCAUCAAUCUGGAAUAAUCAGAGAUAAUAGAAUCAUAAGCAGGCUCUUAUACUUAGGCAAUGUUUUAGGCAGGUCACUUCUCAAGCUUUUUCAUUAAUUAAUGAAAGGUAGGUUACGGGACCUCCGAGAUCCCUUCCCAAUCCAAACUUGUGAUGUUAAGAGCAUUUAGGGUAAUUGUUCUGUUUUAGAAAAUCAAGUUUGUGACUUUUAAAAAAGCAAAUAAACACAAUGCCAUCUUGUGUUCUCUACAUUUAAAUUUAAUUAUAAUAAAGAUGUGGCCUGUUUAGACUGCUUGCAAAAAACUGCCUAUACCCUAAUGGAGCAUAGAUUUAUGUAUUGCUUUUUUUUAAACACCUCAUUUGAUUUUGAAAAAUCUUAUCCUUCAAACUAAAGCUAAGUGAACCUCACAUCUACUGUGAGGAAAAUAUUUUAAGAUGGACAUUAAUUAGUAAUUACACUUCCUUUAAAGGAAAAAAUUUCCUGUAAAUUUAUUUAACUAAAAUUCAGCAAGGCAGAAUUCUAGAAACUAUCAGGUAAGUGACUACUUUUCACAUACUGCUUAGUUUUUAUGAUAGCCAUCCUGCACUGAAAAAAGUCCUGACUUAGUUUUUCAGAACUGUAUGUCUUCCAUUUUUUUGUCUCAGAAUUAAAAAUGAAACAAUAAUCAUUUUGACACUAGGUGUCACCAUCUAUUUUCAAUAAAAUGUUUCUUAUGUCUGCAGCUUCCUGUUAUAUAAAAAAUUAACUCAAAAUUUUGUACAAAGAGAUUUACAGAUUUCUAUACCUUUCAGAAAUGUUUACUAAAGCUAAUGUCAGAAUAUGGACAUACCAGAAAUUAAACCAGACACAUUAAAAAUGCAUAAUUUACUUUUAAUUCUUUAAUACUCAUUUUAAAUAAAGAACACUAUCUCUAAUUUUACUUUUUUUCAGUAUGGAGUAAGAAAAUAGAUUGUAUCAAACAUUCCAGAUCAAUUUCCAUAACUUAAGAAUAAAGUAAUUUUUAUUAAUAUGCAACCUUCUGGGUUUUUGCUCAUUUUACAAGGGAAGUACAGAGCCUUAAGCAAUAGCAACAGAGAAUAAUAUAGCUUUGAAGAAUAGUUUAACAAACCUGCAUCCAAUCUGGCUCAUUCUGACAGUGGUCCCUUGUAAUGAAUUAUUUCCUCCCAUAUAACUUUCCCUUCAAGCUAGAAUCACUUAUACCAGAAAGGUCAGGUUAGUUUCUAGGAUUACAUUUUCAUAACAGUACAGCAGUAUAAAUCAUGAAGACAGAAUGGAGUGUCAGCUGUACAUGUGUACCCAUGUCUGCUCAGAAACUUACAAAAAGGUUAAACAAUGAAAAAGUGAACUUCUGUGGCUCAAAGUACCUGGGCUAGGUUCACAUAUUACACACACAAGGAAGCAGUGGUCAGAUUUAUUUUAAAUAGUCAUUAACAAUUCCAAACAAUUAUUAAAACACAAUGAUUCAACAGAAAGCCUGGAAUUGAUCUAAUUUCCAAUUAUUUUCAAUUAUCCUGUACAUAACCCCAACCCCCUUCCAAAAUAAAGCAACUAUAACCAAUUGGAGUAAAAUAUUUACUUGCUCACCAUAAGACACACUUCUUCACAGAGGACUUUUAGUGCAUUCUUAUUUUAUGUAAGACAACUCAAAACAGUACAAAAUAACUUUUUAAAAAACAUUUAACGUUUUUUUCUUUCUAGUGAAAUCACUGACCAAUUAAUACAUGACUCUUCUUUUAAAAAACAUUUCCAAUGGUUCACUAUUCCCUCUCCCUCUUAUUUUUUUCAGAUUGGACAUGACAAUGAAUGGAUUUUGGCACAUGUCCAACAUAAGUGACCAGCAUCUUACAUAUGUACAUAAUAUUAUUCGGUGUAAUUUUCCAAAGAUGCAGGACUAUGGAGAGUUUACUUACAAAUUAUCAAUUACUUUUGCUAUAAAAGGCUUCUACUCCUACAGCUGUAACAGUCUGAUGAAUGCAAGUGUCAAGUACAAGUAUGAAAUUCUGACCUUUCACUUCAGUUCUACAAAAUCUGCUCACAUUUCAUGCUGUCUUCAUUACAAGAUGGAAAACUGUUUACAUCAAAUUUAAUAGAAAAAUGUAAAAGGAAACAAUCAAAA